AUGCCUUCACCAACUCGUUCCUCGCACAGAGCUGCGUCCCCCUCCGCACCAAGCUCAAGUCACCGUCAUCACCGCAGCCGCCAUAGCCAUCCCCACCGCCACCGGCCCCGAGAGAGAUCGCGCUCGCGUUCUCCGCACCGAUCAGAUAGACACAAAUCAGACCACCGCCGACAUGACCAAGGAAGAGACCGUGAUCGCCAUGAAAGGCGACACAGAGAUGCUCCAGCGAAACCAGUAGUGCUCCCCUACCAAGCGCGCGAGCUAUCGGGGCGCGACCUGGAGACAUACGAGCCCAUGUUUGGCAUGUACUUGGACAUCCAGAAAGGAAAAUUCAUUGAAGAUAUGAGUGAAGAUGAAGUUAGAGGGCGAUGGAAGAGCUUUACACAAAAAUGGAACCGCGGAGAGCUCGCAGAGGGAUGGUAUGAUUCCGCUACACUCGACAGGGCACGCCAGAGCGCUCAACAAGAACCGGCAGCUGAUUACAAUGGCGGACGCGAAUCGCCUGAUUAUGCACGGGGCGAGCGAGCGACUGGUGAAGUACCACGGGAUCCACCAGUAGGCGAGGAUGACGACGACGACGAUGAGUAUGGGCCUACUCUUCCGCAAGGUGGUCCAGCGAGAGGAGGUCCACUGGCGGGCCCUACAAUCCCGAAUAUGCAAGAUCUUGAGCUUAAAAGAGAAACUGCCAUCGAAGAUGCCAUCGCUGCGCGCGGUGAGUCGCGUGAUGGAUAUCGUGCCGAAUUGCGCUCGCAUAAAUCUGCAAUGCGCCAUCUCGAAGACGAGAUUGCGCCGCGAGCUGAGGCCGGCACGCGGGAGAGACAGCUCGAGAAGCGCCGAGAAGUCGCUGCAAGCAACCGUGCAUUCGCGGAUGCGCGCGGUGGCUCGCCUGAGCCAGCUCGAGAUGAGGAUUUAAUGGGCGGGGAAAAUGAUUUCGCUGCUAUGAAACGGGAGAAGGAAAAAGACCAGCGCAAGAAGAAUGAGCGCGAGAUUCGGAGGGAAGAAAUCCUUCGUGCCCGUGCUGCAGAGCGAGAAGAGCGGGCACAGGCGUAUCGACAGAAGGAGGAGGAGACUAUGAGUUUCUUGCAAGCUCUAGCCAAGCAGCGAUUUGGCUGA